AUGAGCCUCCAAGUAACUGGAACUGGCGUCGUCCCGUUGCCGCUAAAGACGUGCUGCCCUGAUUCCAGCAGCAUGCUGGUCACCAGUGUCUGCUCCAUGUUCCCCGUCAUCCCUGGCUCCCACAGCCUCCGAGCCUCCUCACACUCCCCACAACUCUUCCGCUGCAGCGGCCUGGAAGCUGCCCAAGUCUGGAUUUCCAUCCCUUUCUCUACGUCCUACAUUAUCAGUCUGUUGGGAAAUGUCACAGUUCUGUUUGUUGUAGCCAAAGAGCGGACGCUGCACAAGCCGAUGUACCUGCUACUCUGUAUGCUGGCGCUCACAGACAUUGUAAUAUCUACCUCCACUGUGCUGAAGUCACUGAGUAUAUUUUGGUUCAGUUUGAAAGGCAUUACCGUGGGUGGCUGCCUCACUCAGAUGUUCUUCCAUUAUGCAGGUUCUAUGAUGCAGUCAGCCAUCCUCGUGACAAUGGCCUUCGAUCGCUACAUCGCCAUCUGUGACCCUCUGAGAUAUGCCACCAUCCUCACCAACACACGAAUAGCUAAGAUAGGGCUAAUUGGUUUGAUGAGAACUGUUCUCUUCAUUAUGCUUCUGCCCCUGCUUCUGAGCAGAUGGCUAUUCUGUGCCAACCACAUUAUCCCCCACACGUACUGUAACCACAUGACUGUGGUGAAGAUUUCCUGUGGGGACAUCACAGUCAACAAGAUUCUCACACAGAGUUUCGGUCAGGGCAUCGCCUCCCAUGUUCACAUAAUCUUGGCUGACCUCUUCUUCCUCAUCCCGCCCAUGCUAAACCCUAUCAUUUAUGGGGUCAAAACCAAAGAGCUUCGUGACAAAGUGGUCAAAUACAUCUGCAGAAUAUGA